GCAUACCUGUUAAUUAAUGUAUUUUUAGUGUGUGGACGAUUGAUUUGGCAUAUUUGAUGAAGAGGCAUGGGAUACCACAUCACAUGUGUACGGUUACGCUGGGCAUCCAUAAAGACUAUAAGAACAAUGCAUACUAUGCUAACAACUUUGAUGAGUCAGCUGAGAGAAUUAACCGCAUAUUUAAAGAGGCAUCAGCGAAAGGUGUCCAUGUAGAAAAACGAUCAGUUUCACUAGAAGAAAUUAUUGACCAUCUGAAAUCAAAGCUCAUUGUGAUAUGUCUACUUGAUGCAAUGCUUCUGGAAUGUUGCUGGUGUGACACAUUUCGUAGGUCAUGUUUGUGCUGUUUCAAAAUAUGCCCCAAGCUUUAUCAAGGACAUUUUGUGGUUGUUUGCGGCUAUGACUGUGAUAAGAAACUUAUUUUCUAUAAGAAUCCUGGAAUUCAUCAAGAACUUUGCUGUAGUCGAUGGGAUCAGUUUGACAAUGCUCGAAAAAGUUUUGGUACAGAUGAAGAUAUAUUGUUUAUUGAUGAGAAAAGUUUGCACUAUACCAAACCAUUAACAGAUGAAGACAUUGACAAUUUGAACAUUUCGUAAUCAAUCCGAUUGUACUUACUUUCAACUACCCUGAGAUUCGACAUUAAUCCCAAUAGCAUCUCAUGUUCAAAUGGACUUUUAUCUGUGAAUAUCAUUAAAAUAACAUUCAUUUUCA